UUUCCGUUCAGUUCCAGUCAGUCAGGGAACGAUCGUGCUUAGCUCCAUUACUACAUUUGUAUUACUGCGGCUCCGCGACUCCGCGUUACUGAAUAAUACGAUCCGAAUGCAAACAUAAGACAUAACGCCACUCUUCGUAAUUACCAGUUGCCUUCAGUGGGCCAAAGCCAAAGUUGCUCAAAAGAAAAAAAAAACAAAAAGCUGGUGAAAUCGGAAAUUGGAAAUCUUGGACGGAUCUCCAAACCAAACAAAAAAGCCCCUGGGUUUAAUUGUCAACGAAAGAGUCACUUUUUUUUUGUGUGCUAAUCCAUUCGGGUUUCGUUUCGGGUCAAGAUGGCAACGCAAAAGGAUGAUCAGGAUCACACCGCCCUGGAUCUCAUCAUAAAGUCGCUCAAGUCCCCGACGAUGGUCUGCGAGGGCACCCACUUCGACGGCAAGAUCCCGCACACUUUCGUCAUCUUCGGGGCGUCCGGGGAUCUGGCCAAGAAGAAGAUCUACCCGACGCUGUGGUGGCUAUACCGCGAUGACCUUCUGCCCAAGCCCACAAAGUUCUGCGGCUAUGCGCGUUCCAAGCUGACGAUCGCUGGCCUCAAGGAGCAGUGUCGGCAGUACAUGAAGGUCCAGCCACACGAGCAGAAGAAGUACGAGGAGUUCUGGGCCCUCAACGAGUACGUUUCCGGGAGCUACGACGGACGCACUGGGUUCGAGCUGCUGAAUCAACAACUGGAGCUUAUGGAGAACAAGAACAAGGCGAACCGCAUCUUCUACCUGGCUCUGCCACCCAGUGUUUUCGAGGAGGUGACCGUUAACAUCAAGCAGAUAUGCAUGUCGGUUUGCGGCUGGAACCGCGUGAUCGUCGAGAAGCCCUUCGGGCGGGACGACGCCUCUUCGCAGGCGCUGAGCGACCACCUGGCCAAGCUGUUCCACGAGGAGCAGCUGUACCGGAUCGACCACUACCUGGGCAAGGAGAUGGUCCAGAACCUGAUGACCAUUCGCUUCGGCAACAAGAUCCUCAGCUCGACGUGGAACCGCGAGAACAUCGCCUCGGUGCUGAUCACCUUCAAGGAGCCGUUCGGCACCCAGGGACGCGGCGGCUACUUCGAUGAGUUCGGCAUCAUUCGCGACGUCAUGCAGAAUCACCUCCUGCAGAUCCUCUCGCUGGUGGCCAUGGAGAAGCCGGUCAGCUGUCAUCCGGACGACAUUCGCGACGAGAAGGUCAAGGUGCUCAAGAGCAUCGAAGCCCUGACCCUGGACGACAUGGUGCUUGGCCAGUAUCUCGGUAAUCCGCAGGGUGCCAACGAUGAUGCCCGAACUGGCUACCUGGAGGAUCCGACGGUUAGCAAUGACUCCAACACGCCCACCUACGCCCUCGGCGUCCUGAAGAUCAACAACGAGCGCUGGCAGGGCGUGCCCUUCAUCCUGCGCUGCGGCAAGGCUCUCAACGAGCGCAAGGCCGAGGUGCGGAUCCAGUACCAGGACGUCCCCGGCGACAUCUUCGAGGGCAGCACCAAGCGCAACGAGCUGGUCAUUCGCGUCCAGCCUGGAGAGGCCCUGUACUUCAAGAUGAUGACCAAGAGCCCGGGCAUCACCUUCGAUAUCGAGGAGACCGAGCUGGAUCUGACGUACGAGCAUCGGUACAAGGACUCCUACCUGCCCGACGCCUACGAGCGGCUCAUUCUCGACGUCUUCUGCGGCUCCCAGAUGCACUUCGUCCGCUCCGACGAGCUGCGCGAGGCGUGGCGCAUCUUCACGCCCAUUCUCCACCAGAUCGAGCGGGAGCGCGUCAAGCCGAUCACCUACCAGUACGGUUCCCGGGGACCCAAGCAGGCGGACCGCAAGUGCGAGGAGAACAACUUCAAGUACUCCGGUUCCUACAAGUGGCACGGCGGCAAGGCGGCCUCCGCCAAUCUGUGAGGGAUUGGGGGAUCCACCUCUCUGUCCCUGCGUACAUGUACAUAAUAUAUAUGUAUUCCUUGGUUAUUUGUAAUCUUCUUCGGUUUGUACAAGAAUUUUUUUAUUAAAUAUACGAAAUAGCGUUAAACUGGAA